GACCAGGAAGACAUUUACUUUAUGAAAGGAGCCUUUGAGGAAGUUAUUCGGUACUGCACCAUGUACAACAGCGGGGGCCUUUCCCUCUCGCUCACGCCGCAGCAGAAAGCCUCCUACCAGCAGGAAGAGAAACGAAUGGGAUCCUCGGGUCUCCGGGUACUUGCUUUGGCUUCAGGUCCAGAACUGGGCAGACUCACAUUUUUGGGUCUGGUUGGAAUAAUUGAUCCCCCGAGGGCUGGAGUGAGAGAAGCUGUUCAAGCCCUUUUUGAGUCUGGUGUAUCAGUGAAGAUGAUAACUGGAGACGCUCUGGAAACUGCCACGGCUAUAGGACAGAAUAUUGGUCUCUGCAACGGGAAGCUGAAAGCCAUGUCUGGGGAAGAGCUGGAACAACUGGCAGAGUCAGAGCUGACAGCCACUGUCAAGAAUGUUUCCAUCUUCUUCAGAACAAGCCCAAAGCACAAACUGAAAAUCAUAAAGGCUUUGCAAAGGGCUGGGGCAAUCGUGUCGAUGACAGGCGAUGGUGUCAAUGAUGCUGUGGCCCUUAAAUCCGCUGAUAUUGGGAUUGCAAUGGGACAAGCAGGCACAGACGUCAGCAAAGAGGCUGCCAACAUGAUCCUCGUGGACGAUGACUUCUCCACAGUGAUGAAUGCAAUAGAAGAGGGAAAAGGAAUAUUUUACAACAUAAAAAACUUUGUGCGGUUCCAGCUUAGCACGAGCAUUUCAGCUUUGAGCCUCAUCACUCUGUCUACGGUGCUCAAUCUACCAAAUCCACUCAAUGCUAUGCAGAUUUUAUGGAUUAACAUCAUCAUGGAUGGGCCUCCAGCCCAGAGUUUGGGAGUUGAACCUGUUGACAAGGACACCAUCAAACAGCCCCCUCGCUGCAUCACGGACACCAUCCUCAGCAGAUCGUUGAUCCUGAAAAUCUUCAUGUCGGCUCUAAUCAUCAUCAGCGGCACCCUCUUCGUGUUCUGGAAGGAGAAUCCAAAAAGUGGCAUAACUCCCCGAACCACCACCAUGACUUUUACCUGUUUUGUGUUUUUUGACCUCUUCAACGCCCUGACGUGCCGCUCUCAGACAAAGCUGAUAUCCGAAAUAGGCUUUUUUCGAAACCGCAUGUUCUUGUACUCUGUGCUUGGGUCAUUUUUGGGACAGCUGGCUGUUAUAUACAUCCCUCCAUUACAAAAGAUCUUCCAGACAGAGAAUUUAGGAGCGUUAGACCUGCUCUUCCUCAUGGGCCUGGCUUCCUCGGUUUUCCUCGUGUCUGAGCUCGUCAAACUCGGGGAAAGAAGUUGCUGCCGCCCGGAGUGCACGAAGGGCCGUCCCUGCUGA